AUGAUCAGCUCUAAGGUGUGGGCGCUGCAGUACCAUGAGUGGCCUCUAGUCCUCACACAGCAUGACUCUGCUGUGUGGGCGCUGCAGUACCAUGAGUGGCCUCUAGUCCUCACACAGCAUGACUCUGCUGUGUGGGCGCUGCAGUACCAGGAGUGGCCUCUAGUCCUCACACAGCAUGACUCUGCUGUGUGGGCGCUGCAGUACCAAGAGUGGCCUCUAGUCCCAGCUCACAGCCUGACUCUGCUGUUACCAAGAGUGGCCUCUAGUCCCCGCUCACAGCCUGACUCUGCUGUGUGGGCGCUGCAGUACCAGGAGUGGCCUCUAGUCCCCGCUCACAGCCUGACUCUGCUGUGUGGGGCGCUGCAGUACCAAGAGUGGCCUCUAGUCCCCGCUCACAGCCUGACUCUGCUGUGUGGGCGCUGCAUACCAGGAGUGGCCUCUAGUCCCCGCUCACAGCCUGACUCUGCUGUGUGGGCGCUGCAGUACCAGGAGUGGCCUCUAGUCCCUGCUCACAGCCUGACUCUGCUGUUACCAGGAGUGGCCUCUAGUCCCAGCUCACAGCCUGACUCUGCUGUGUGGGCGCUGCAGUACCAGGAGUGGCCUCUAGUACCCGCUCACAGCAUGGACUCUGCUGUGUGGGCGCUGCAGUACCAGGAGUGGCCUCUAGUCCCCGCUCACAGCCUGACUCUGCUGUUACCAGGAGUGGCCUCUAGUCCCCGCUCACAGCCUGACUCUGCUGUGUGGGCGCUGCAGUACCAAGAGUGGCCUCUAGUCCCCGCUCACAGCCUGACUCUGCUGUUACCAGGAGUGGCCUCUAGUCCCCGCUCACAGCCUGACUCUGCUGUGUGGGCGCUGCAGUACCAGGAGUGGCCUCUAGUCCCCGCUCACAGCCUGACUCUGCUGUGUGGGCGCUGCAGUACCAAGAGUGGCCUCUAG